UUCUGGGACGUGUGCAUAGUGCGCAGAUUCGGCUUGCGGAUUUGUAUCUUCCUUGUUCGUUCACGAUAAUGGAGGUCAGGACGUGAUGUAGAUCUUCUCCUUGGGCUCGACAUGCUGAAGGCUCACCAAGCAUGCAUCGACCUCGAAAAAUCAGUGCUGCGUAUCCAAGGGCGGGAAGUGAGCUUCCUCUCUGAACACGAACUCCCCGAAAAAGCACGGAUGAUCGACUCGGGAGUGGAAGAUCCAAGUGCGUCUACAUCAGGUUCUUCAAGCAACGCCCCACAACCCGCACGAACGAGUGCUGGUGGGAGCACUGGCAACCGGGGCUCGUCGUUCCCAGGUGGAGGAAGCACGUUGGGCUCGGCGCCUGCGCCACGUGCACCGACGCGUCUUGCCGCUGCACAGUCACGACACCCAGAAUCUGCAAUUGAGCUGAUUAUGGGACUUGGAGUAUCGCGGGAAGUGGCAAUCAGUAUGUUGGAUGCGGCGGGUGGGAAUGUGGAUGCUGCUGCGAGUUUGUUGUUCUGAAUCCUAGGGUGGGUGGGGAUUCUUGCACAAUGAUGAGGAGACGUGAAUAAUCUUGGAUCUUGGAUCUUUGGGAUUGCAAAAAGUGUACGAUGUGAUGAAUUAUGA